AUGCGAGAGCUCUCGCAUGACUGUGCUGAAGAACUACAAUUGGAUGAAGCUUUGUUAACCGUGAGAAAUCAUCUUUCUGAUGCUAUAACUCUGCUUUAUGUCUCUGAUUACUGCUAUCAGUGCCUUUUCCAGCCCCUGCUGACCGUACCCAGUGCCAACAGUUCACAGCCAGCCAACAACGCCACCAUUAUCAGCACACAUUUUACCCUCACCAUCCAGGUAAUGAGGGAAGGUGGAAAAAAAGACCCAGUGUGCAGUUGGAAACAGUUGUAUGGAGAACACGGGAAAUACAUCAUAUCAGUUCAUUCAUCACUAAUGGAGCAGGAGAAUGGAACAGUAAAGUGUGACACAGUGCUCAGCAAACAACCCUCAAAUGCUUACUUGCCAUUGCUGGUGGCAUUUGGUGUUUUGUUAUCCAUCACUGGAUUAUAUUAUUUAGCAGCGUACAUCAUCAGCAUCUGUCUGCACUAUAAAAUCCUUAGAAAAAUCUGGCGCCACAAGCACCGGAUCCUGGCAGAGUGCGGUCUUAAGCAUUUGAAAAGAUUUUUCAGCCUCAGCAUUCCAUUUAAUCAUGACCGACUUUCGGCCUUUGGUGAGGUACUUGGCUUCCUCCACCCCAACCGCACACUUCUCCGGAUUGAUGGUGAACCCCGCUCUUCUCAAGGAGUCUACCACUGCCUGUACCCGGGGAAGAUGGGAAUCCCAGUCCGUGCUGAAAAUGACUAUGUCAUCCAGGAUGGUAAUAGUAAAAUUGGAUUUCAUGUAGGACUGCAGGUACAAAUCAGGUGGGAUGCAGCUCUGGAGAACAGAAGUUUACCGUUGUCUGCUUAUUGUGCAGUGACUGACAACCUAUGCAUUGCUGCUGCUAUUCAUCUCUCUGGCUACAAUAAUGCUUCCAUUAGAUUGAUAACUAGGAUGGGAAUAUCUCAAGCAUUUGGUGUCUCUGCAAAUGAAUCGGCUCUUAGCCAAGAACAAAAUGUUCCCAAAACAAAACGUCUACUUUCUCUGGACACAUUUAGAGGCUUCUCUCUGACUGUAAUGGUGUUUUGCAACUAUGGAGGAGGCGGAUAUUGGUUCUUCCAGCACGCUCCUUGGAACGGUCUGACAAUCGCAGAUUUGGUGAUGCCAUGGUUUGUCUUCAUCAUUGGCACAUCAGUGGCUUUGGCCUUUAGUUCCAUGAGGAAAAAGGGAGUCCAUCGGUCCCAGCUUCUACGCAAGCUAACAUGGAGGACAUGUGUGCUUAUGGCCAUUGGAUCUUUCUUCAUCAACUAUGGACCAGCAGAUGGCCCAUUGUCUUGGCGCUGGGCACGUAUUCCAGGGGUCCUACAGCGACUGGGUUUCACCUAUUUUGUGGUAGCAUUCGUGUUUGCCUGUUUUAGUAAGCAGAACUUGGAUAUUGUGGAGAGCCAUCAGUGGAGUGCUGCCGUAAGGGAUAUUGUCACUUAUUGGCCAGAGUGGAUCAUCAUGAUAGCUCUAGAGACAGUAUCACUAUGUCUGACGUUCCUUCUACCUGUGCCUGGAUGUCCCACUGGUUACCUGGGUCCUGGAGGAAUAGGCAGCUAUGGUCAAUACCCAAAUUGCACAGGGGGAGCUGCAGGAUAUAUAGACAAAUGGCUGCUUGGCGCAAAUCACAUUUAUCGAUAUCCCAGCUGCAUGGACCUAUACAAAACAACAGAGCCAUUUGAUCCAGAAGGCGUACUCGGCACAAUUAAUUCGGUGGCCAUGGCAUUUUUUGGACUGCAGGCUGGGAAGAUUAUUCUUACAUAUCGUAAGUUCCCUCUCAAGAUAAUAAAGCGAUUUUUGAUCUGGAGCUUCUUGUUGGGGACUGUAUCGGCCAUCUUAACCAAGUGUACAAGGGAUGAAGGAUUUAUUCCCGUCAAUAAAAACCUCUGGUCUCUGUCCUUCGUCACCACUCUCAGCUGUUUCUCCUUCCUCCUCCUUAGCCUUAUGUUUUAUGUGAUUGAUGUGAGACACUGGUGGGGAGGACAGCCAUUCAUCUACCCAGGAAUGAAUUCAAUCUUUGUCUACGUUGGACACUCACUUCUAGCUAUGUAUUUCCCUUUUAACUGGGAGGUGAAGGACUCCAAGUCCCAUUAUGAGCUCCUCGCACAAGAUCUGUUGGGAACUUCCAUCUGGGUGCUUGUAGCUUACCUCCUCUACAGGCAGAAAUUCUUCUUGAAGAUCUAAAGGACUAACCUAGUUGGUAACACUGUAACAAUCAUUUUUGUUUUUUAAUAACACUGUAACAACAUGCAUUGUUUAUGAUAGAAUUAAUAAAGGUUACACACACCUAUAAAACCUUUCUGCAAAUCUCAGCUCAAUCCUACUGUAAAAAAAAGUUGGCAACUGAAGUUCCAGUGUAACAAUGUGUUCUCUGAACACAAUCUGUAUAAAAGAACUUGACCAACAUAGCAUGCCUUGGAUGGUUGCUGUAUCCUUGCAAAUGAUAAUUUUAUCUGUCUGCACCUGAAAAUAAACUCAGAAACGCGAUGAAAUGACAUCAGAACAAGAUGUAAAAACAGAGGUCCACUUGACAUAUUAGUAAUGAAAAAAACAAUGGCAUGGGCCAGAGAGCAGCAGUAUACAAAUCAAUACAAAAGGUCCCUGGCACACGUACAAGCUAGCUAGGAAAAAAAUAUUUGCAAAUACACGUGGAAUUCACUUUGCCACGUUAGCGCACCUCUGAUAUAUGUGGUUCCUAGCUCUAAAGUAAAAUUUAAAUUGAAGUUCCACACCACUGCUAGGAGGUCCAGACACAACUUUAUUCCAUUCAAAGUCAUUGGUACAAUUAAAAUUAUCUACAGCGUUUCGGAGGUCCAAGAGCGCCCCAUUCAUCAGAGCUUGAUUGACAACAAUGUGAACAAACCAAAAGUAAAAUAGGCCUACAAUGGUAUUUUUUUUCCAAUGUGAAUUACAAACACAGGCUUUUUCAGCAGCUUGGUUGGCUUCCACAACUUUCCUAACUCUAAACUAUUUGGGUUCUGAGCUAUGGGUCUUAUACAGCAAUGCACAAACUGACAGCAGGCUCACCCGAACGUAGACCUUUCAACCUUAAAUGUACAGCAACACACUAGAAGCCCAGACAGAGCCUUUACAAGGCAGCUGGAGCAAAUAUAUUAA